AUGUCGUCCUCUGUGGGUAAAGAAGAAAGAAAGAGACGGACACUGGUGCUGAGGCCUUCCUCCCGAACAAUUUCCGGCAGCAUCAACCACAGCACGAACAGCGUCGUCGGUUCGCCGAGCAGGAAAAGUUUGAGUCUGGGCGGAGGAAGCAAACUUCUUGACAAGAGCAACAUUCAAACUCCGAGACAACCUGUUCGGGUGUUUGAUGAAGAAGGCAAUGACGUCACUCCUCAGCCGCUGUGCCAGGCUGACCCCGCAGCCGCUCAGGCCAAAGCCAGCAGGAUGUUUCUGGAUGAGAUCUCUGCUGGAUCUGGGUCAGAUCAGACAACAGCCACCGGGAGCUUAACCAUGCCGUUCUCCAGGUCGAUAUUAGGAAGCAGUAGAAUAUCCAGCCAGUCUACCAUCGAGUCCAUGAACGAGGAGAUUGAGGACACAUUUUCCAAACGGGACAUGCCCAUCAACUUCCCAGAUGUGCAGGGGAAAAGACACACCGUGAAAGAACAUGUGACAGAAGACAUGUUGAAAGAGGUCAAAGAUAUCUUCAUCUCUGAGACAGACAGCAUUUCACUGCUGGACAUACCCAGCACCUUCGUGUCAGUGGAUGCUGAUGAUGCAGAAGCUGUGAUAGAGAGAAACAGGCAGUAUGCUGAGGUUUGCAGAAACAGAGUGGGCAAUGACAAAUAUGUGGAUCGAUCUAUGCAGACACUGAACGGAGCAGCUAAAAACAAAUCAGUCCAGAGCGACAGCACAGUCAUGGUGGACGCAGCCACCACUGCUACCACCUGGGACAUCUAUGACACUUUGAUGAGCCCUGAGCAGGACGAAAUGCAGAGUAGCUCCGACAGAGGGCGGGCUGACUAUCCAGAGUCCGUGCUGGACACCAGCAGAGGUGGAGACAGGAGCGCGUCAGUGGGCAGCUCAGCAAGCACAGCCAGUGCUGCCAGCUCAUUGAAAGAAGCAGAAGCAUUUGGAAACGGUUUAAAUGCUGAGUCAGAGCUGCAGCAGUUAAUGCUGUCAGAGUCAUUUCAUCAGUGCUUACUGGUAAUGGAGAGAAGCAUUGUGGGAAACAUUUUCCAAUCCAAACUGGCUGCUUACAGAGGACUGCCAACCAUAGAAGAACCAGACAGUCUGCUGAACCCCGGCACGGUGGAGCUAAAGGAAGACGACACAGCGAGCCCUCCAUCUCCAGCUGUGGAGUGUCUCUGGGCUUUCAGCUGUGAGCUCAGCAGAGGACGCAGUGUCAGCAGCAUGGCAUGGAACAAGAAAAACCCAGACCUUCUGGCGGUGGGCUAUGGUGAGUUUGGCUACGGUGACCAGAAACCAGGCCUGGUGUGCUGCUGGUCUGUCAAAAAUCCCACGUGGCCUGGGCGCAUCAUCCACUGUGACAGCGCGGUGACUUCACUGGACUUCUCAUCCAACAACCCCGCGCAGCUGGCUGUGAGCAUGCAGGACGGCAGCAUCACUAUCUACGACGUGAGGAGUCAAGACAACAAGUCCAGUGUUAUCAGCAGCAGUGAAUGUCCCAACAAGCACCUGGAUCCAGUAUGGCAGCUCAGGUGGAUCCAACAGAAGCUGAGCCUGACAGGAGACGAGAAGGUGGAAUCUCUCUUCUCUGUGGCUGCUGACGGCAGGGUCACCAAGUGGUUUAUCUGCAACAACGGCCUCCACUGCAUCGAUCUGAUGAAGCUGAAGAAGAUGAAAAACAGAAAGAAGAGGCCUGGAAGGACGAAGACAGAAACCAAAACAGAAACCAAGACAGAAAGUAUUCAGUCAGCUGUGAGUCCCGGUCUGUGUUUGGACUUCCAUCCAUCAGACUCCAGUGUCUACCUGGUCAGCACGUGGGAAGGUCUCAUUCACAAAUGCUCCUGUUCCAACAGCCUGCAGUUUCUGGAGACUUACAGGAAGCAUUUUUGUCCUGUGAGCUGCAUCACAUGGAGUCCAUUCAGUCCUGAUAUGUUCCUGAGCUGCUCCUCCGACUGGACCAUGCAGUUGUGGAAGCAGGGCUGCCCCAACCCCGUGUUAGGCUUCACCUCCUCUCAGACUGCAGUGUGUGACAUCAAGUGGUCCCCAAUGUGGGCCACAGUGUUCGGAGCUGUUAAUGAAAAACAGCUGGAGAUCUGGGACCUGAACUCCAGCAUCUUGGACCCAGUCAUUGUGCAGCCUGCAGCUACUGGUGUGGAGAUGACGUCCCUGCUAUUUGCCACACAGACAGACUGUGUCCUGGUGGGAGACAGUGAUGGACAAGUGACGGUCUACAAGCUCAAGAACCUGAGUGUUGGAAAGAGCAGCCAGGUGGAGAUUCUGGAGGACAUCAUCCACUCUGCAACUUCAGGAUAGAAACGGAGAGAUGAACUCGAGCCAUUACUCAAG